AAAGCGGACGGAAUGCGGACGUGACUCCCAUGCUCUCACCAUUUAACACUCAUAUAAGGUUGAGAAAAGAGAGGAACCAAAUUGAAUCUCUCUCUCUCUCGCUCUCUCUCUCUCUCUCUCUCUCGGCAUCACAGGGACUCUGCGCUUCUCCUACUUCUCCGGAGGCAUCAGGAAUCAGGCAUCGUUGUUGUGGCAAAACGAAUCAGGGUUGAUGGAGAAAGAGAAGGUGGUUCCCCGGCACCCGAUUGGCGACGCAAAUGAGAAGAGCCCCUUUGGGACGCUAUCGGCGGAGGAAUUUUACGAACGCCACUCCGUAUCUCACUCCUCUGAGUACAUCACCAACGCCAGAGGCAUGAAGCUCUUCACCCAGUCCUGGAUCCCUCUCCCACCUAACGACAUCUUGGGCAUCGUCGCCGUCGUCCACGGUUACACAGGCGAGACAAGCUGGUUCGUACAGCUCACCGCCAUCCUCCUCGCCAAAUCAGGCUUCGCCACCUGUGCUAUUGACCACCAGGGCCAUGGUUUCUCUGAAGGACUCCAGAACCACAUCCCCGACAUCAAUCCCGUCGUCGACGACUGCAUCUCCUACUUUGACUCCUUCAGGGCUCAGUACGAACCCUCUCUCCCUUCUUUCCUCUACGCCGAAUCCCUAGGUGGGGCCAUCGCUCUCCUCAUCCACCUCCGCGGCAAGCAACCCGACAGCAGCAGCAAGCCCUGGGACGGUGUUGUGCUAAACGGCGCUAUGUGCGGAGUGAGCGAUAAGAUCAAGCCUCCAUGGCCUCUGGAGCACGUGCUGUCGUUGGUGGCUGCUGUGGCCCCGACGUGGCAGAUGGUCCCUACCAAAGGGAACAUCGUGGAGGUAUCGUUCAAGGAGGAGUGGAAGAGAAAGCUCGGGAUGGCCUCUCCGAGGCGGAGCACGGCAAAACCGCGGGCGGCAACUGCGCGGGAGCUGCUCAGGGUGUCGAGGGAGCUUCAAGGUAGGUUCGAGGAGGUAGAUCUGCCGAUGCUCAUCGUACACGGUGAGGAAGACGUGCUGUGCGACCCGGCCUGCGCCGAGGAGCUUUGUCGACGCGCCGCCAGCAAGGACAAGACGAUUCGGAUGUACCCUGGCAUGUUACACCAGAUCAUCGGUGAACCCCAGGAGAACGUUGAUUUGGUGUUCGGCGAGGUAGUCAACUGGCUCCGAACCCGUGCCGGACGCUAGGCAGCAGCAUCAGUCGCCGCCUGAUGAAUAACAACGACAUCGUCGAGCGCCGCCUACCCAGCGGUGUUGUAGGAAUCGACGGCUCGGAUGGAUCGAAGCCUUAAAUAGGAAACAGGAGACCCAAAAUGUAUGGGAUCAUUUUAAUUUGUGUUCAAACUUCCUUUCCUCUGUAUUUUCCCUUCCCUGUAUAACACAGGAAAAAAAAAAAGUAUUUUCUCUUCCCCAAAA